UGUUUUCUGCUUUUAAAGUUGUCACUGGAUGCUGACCAUAAUAAAGCUUGACGAAGACACUGUCUACUUCAUGGAUCCAUUGAAGAGGAGACUCAUUACAGGAGAAUGGAAGAACAUUGUGGACAACGGCAUCAAAAUACAUAAUGCUCAAGUCAAAAAUCAAAGCCGAAAAGCAACUACUUGGAAAAAUUGUGCGGGUAUUCCGGAGCAAUGGACUGACAAAGACUGUGGAUAUUUCAUAAUGAGAUAUAUGAAGGAUAUAGUGGAGGAUAAGAACUUGGACUUUUUCAGCAAGUGGGAGAGAAGAGGCAAAGCAGCUUACACUCAGCAGCAUAUUGAUGAGGUCAGAACGGAGUGGGCGAAGUUUGUAGUUAAAACUUAUAUGUAA